AAUUCCUGGAAAGUUUGAUAAGCCAGUGUGAGAGAGAAAAUGAACAUUUUUGUCUAGAUAUAGACAACAUUAAUUUCCCAUUGGAAUUGUCCGGUGGAACAAAAUAACAGAAAGAAAAAAGAGGAGAGAGCGUUAGGGAUAAAGAAACAAGUUUUUCCCAGGAAAGGGAAGGAAUUUGCAUGAAUCUUCUGUGUCUGACCGUUCUGAUUCGAUCGUCAUCGUCCUUCUUUUUUAUCUUACCCUCCCUGUUCUCCCUGUCUUCGUCCUCCACAACUACGUCUUCCGUUUUCCUCUUCCCACUUUCUCUGUCUCUGAUUCUUGAAUAAAAGCUUCAAAUUGUGUUAAACCAAUUGGGGCGCAGAAAGAUCUUAUUUUGAGCCUUGCCCGCAAUCACCCACUUCAAGUUCAAUUCUGGGUCGGUUUCAAUUUCUUCAAAGGUGGCAAGUAGUGUGUUUAUAUCUGGGUUGUUGUGAUGACGUGGCAAUGAGGUUUGUGGCAGAGGAAUGGAGGGUGUUCACGGGAGGAGCGAUAAGCUUCAGGGUGCUGGCGCUGCGAAUCCGAGGAGCCGUUUGCGGGUUUGGUUCAUUCGAGCGUGUUCGAGCAUUGUGCUUUGGACAUGUCUGUUUCAGCUAGUGACAGUGAGUGAAUUAUGGCGUUCCCAUUUCUUUUUGGGGAUUUCAAGUCGAAUACAUCACACAAUUCAAAGUCCUCUCCAAACAAAUAAUGAACUUGUUCAACCGCCUCCCGCUUUUCUUCCUCCAAGAAAUUAUACAAGUAAUGGUUUUCUGAGAGUGUCCUGCAAUGGGGGCUUGAAUCAAAUGCGUGCAGCGAUUUGUGACAUGGUGGCCAUUUCUCGACUUUUGAAUCUCACAUUGGUUGUUCCAGAGCUUGAUAAGAAAUCAUUUUGGGCAGACCCUAGCAAUUUUGAGGAAAUUUUUGACGUGAGACAUUUCAUUGAUUCUCUACGAGAUGAAGUGCGAAUAGUGAAAAGAGUUCCCAAAAGGUUUAGUGAGAAAAUUGGGCAGACUACCCUGAAGAUGCCUCCUGUUAGCUGGUCAAAUGAAAAGUAUUACUUGGAGCAGAUUCUUCCGCUUUUUGACAAGCAUAAGGUGGUACAUUUCAACAAAACAGAUGCGCGUCUAGCAAAUAAUGGUCUCCCACUUGAUCUACAGAAACUUAGGUGUCGUGUGAAUUUCCAGGCACUUAAAUUCACUCCUGAACUUGAGAAUUUGGGCCAAAAAUUGAUUCGGAUACUUAGUAAAAAUGGACCCUUUGUGGCCUUGCAUCUGAGAUAUGAAAUGGACAUGCUGGCUUUCUCAGGUUGUACGCUUGGUUGCACUAAUGAAGAAGCUGAGGAGCUCAAGCGGAUGAGGUAUGCAUUCCCUUCGUGGAGAGAAAAGGAGAUAGUGUCUGAAGAAAGGAGAUCACAGGGUCUCUGUCCUUUGACACCAGAGGAGGCAGCCUUAGUUCUGCAAGCUUUGGGUUUUGCUAGGGAGACACCAAUAUAUAUUGCAGCUGGUGAAAUUUAUGGUGGUGAACGUAGAUUAGCACAACUGAGAGCUGCUUUUCCAAGAAUUGUUAGGAAAGAGACAUUGCUGGCCAAUGAUGAGUUGCUGCAGUUUCGGAAUCAUUCAUCACAAAUGGCAGCUUUGGAUUUUAUUGUUUCUGUAGCGAGUAACACCUUUGUUCCGACAUAUUACGGUAACAUGGCAAAACUUGUUGAAGGCCACCGCAGGUUUUCUGGCUUUAAAAAGUCCAUCUUAUUGGAUCGGAAAAAGCUUGUAGAAUUACUUGAUAUGCAUCAAAAUGGAACCUUUUCAUGGAAUGAGUUUGCAAAUGCUGUGAGAAAGGUUCAUGAAAGAAAAAUGGGACAGCCAACUCGUCGUAGAGUUGAAGCAGACAAGCCAAAGGAAGAGGAUUAUUUCUAUGCCAACCCUUACGAGUGCCUCUGCGAGGUAUCCAAGUGUGAUGACUUGCUAGGUGCUCUUAACUCGAGUCAUAUACAAUGAGGACAAGCUGCAUAAUGUCAAAAUGAACUUUUCUUUCCAACAACCAGUUUAAAGAGGAAUCUAUGAAGUGCUUCUUCCCACUUAAUUACUCGAGUGCUGUACACAUGAUGAUGGCCUUUUUAAUUAUAUCAUGUACACAUGAAUUUGUAGAGAACCAUGGAAAAGAAAGUAACGAGGAAAAAAAAAAGGAAAAAAAGAAAGGGAAAUAUCUGCUUCUAUUGAGGCAUGCAAAGAUGUAUCUUCAAUUUCACCCUUAAUUUAUUUAUUUAUCCAAA